GUUCCGUCCAGGGUAGGUUUUAAUUUUACAUUUACAUUUGCUUUGUCCUUCCCGCGAAACAUCUGCAACAAUGCGUCAAAAUAGACCCAAGAAAAGACAAAAAGACAAACAAAAACAUGAAGAUAAUCAAUCAGAUGCAUCUCAGGCAGAUAGGGAGAUGUUUCUUCAGGCCUUUGAAAAGCCAACACAGAUAUACAGAUAUUUAAGGAACAGACAUUUAGUUGCUCCACUAUUUUUACAAAGAACAUUAUAUUAUAUGAAACACAGACGUUCAAGAGACAACUCUAAAAGGAAGAAUUUUAAAUCUAGUUCCUUACUUUCAACAGUAGAACAGAAACUGACAAAGACAUUGUGCCAAGAAAAAGCCAAAUCACAUUUUCUGAAUCUGACCUUCAAUGGAUUUUUCUCACAGAGUGCCUUGAAUUGUGAAGAAGCUGAAGUUGAAGCUAAAUUACUCAAAAUAUGUCAUAAAAAGAGAAAGGAUGUAUCCUCUCCAGUUUUACAGACCAGCCUUGGUAAACUGACCAUUCCAGUAAACCCUGACGCAGACGAGUCAUUAUCAAAGACGUCCACCAUAUCAGUACCUCAGCAUCAUUUCUCUCACAGCAGUGGACAUUCAUUUACAUUACUUCUCUCAGUCAAAUUAUUACCUAACAUUACAAAUGGUUUACAUAAUGGUGAUAUAUCAGAUGAAGAUGAACCUCCAUCCAAGAAACAAAAGAAUGGGUUUGAUACUGAGUUAGAUAUCUACGAGUCAGAUCUUGUCAUCUAUGACAGACAGAGAAGGUGUCAGUUAAGUGAUGGAAUGUAUGAGGUCGUAUUACAUCAGAUCCAUACUGACCAUGGGAAGGAGGCUACAUGGGAAUCAGUCAUGGAUGGAAAAUCACUACAACCAUUUGAAGUUUUUAGCAGAUGUCCAACAUUAGAGUUUCAUAUACAUUGGACAGACAAAACAGGUUCGUCCGAUCCUGUCUCAGGGACACCCAUUCCAUUUACAGAACAGUAUUCCAGUCCAACUCCAGACUCAGGGAAUAAUGAGAUUAAAGAGAGCAAUCAAACUACACCAAAGAAAACUCAGCGUAUUUAUUAUCAGUUUUUAUACAAUAACAACACACGGCAGCAGACAGAUCCACGGGACGAUAUGAAAUGUCCGUGGUGUUCACUCAACUGUGUUCAUUUAUACAGUCUAUUAAAACAUCUACGAUUGUCACAUGCUAGAUUUAAUUUUAUAUAUGUUGUACAUCCUAAAGGUGCCAGAAUAGAUGUCUCUAUAAAUGAUCAGUAUGAUGGAUCUUAUGUAGGAAAUCCUCAGGAUUUACAUAGUCAUGUAGGAUACGCCUUCUGUAGGAGGGGUCCAGUAAGAAGGACUCCAAUCACCCAUGUAAUAGUGUAUAGACCAAAAAGACCUCCUCAUUCUCUGAUAGAAUUUAUGGAACCGGAAUGUGAAAAUCAAGUAAACAGACAAAUUACACAGGGCCAUAAUAGGUUAUAUUUCCAUCUGGGUACAUGUCAGCCAGUGAAACCAUCAGAGAUUGAUAUGGAAGACGAAAUCACUCCUCAGUGGCUACGACAAAAAACUGUAAACAUGAUUGACGAAUUUACUGAUGUGAAUGAAGGAGAAAAGGAAUUGAUGAAGUUAUGGAAUCUUCAUGUGAUGAAAAACAACUACAUAAGUGAUUGUCAGAUAGUGACUGCAGCCUUGGAGUUUGUCACGCUACACGGCCAGGAAAUCUUACAGAAAAAUCUCUACCAAAACUUUAUACUACACAUGGUCAAUCUGUUUGACUUUAGUCUGAUAAAACCUGAGGAAGUACAGAAAAUAUUGACUAAACUAGAGGAAAUCAAAACAAACAUGUCAUAAUGUCUGACGUCAUUUCAUAUUUAUAUCAUUGCUAAACUGUUACCUUGUUAAACAGUUAUUUUAUGUUCAAUGAAUUUUGUAAUAAGUUAAGAUUUAAAAGAUGGCUUGUUUUGGAGUUCAAAAUAGACUUGUUUUGAAAUUGGCUCCUCAUUUCUUCAAAUUUAGAAUUUGAGCCUCUGCCAUGUUAGUUGUGCCUGUAUUUAUUUUCUAUUGUAUGCAUAUUAAAGCGCUUUGUAGUUGUGGAUGUAUCUAAAGUAACCAUAAUGGUUUAAAAUAACGCACCUGACAUGUGUCAGCUAAAAAAAAUGUACUCUCCGUCUAUUUGCUUUUACAUAUUUUGUAUUGUGAAGAAACCUUCCUUCUCUGACAGCAAUAGCAUGAUAUUAUUGAACUUACUUAAAGCAAUCAUCAAAAAUUAGUUUGGUUUUAUAGUUUUGUAUGUCAGUUUAGCACUACAUUUAUAUUUGUGAUUUUUCAAUCUCUUAAAAUUUUAGAUACUUAUUUAUAGUUUUCUCCAAAAUAUAUCAGGAAUUGUGAAAAGUUUUAAAAUUAUUAGCAUCAAAAUCUCAGGAUGAUUUAUGCUCAAUACAUAUUUUGCCUUAAGUUCCCCAUGGAUAAUUGUGUUCAUUAGGAAUGGAAAAUAGAUUUAUCUGAAGAUAUUCCAGGGAGACAACUUGUUUUGAUAAAAACAUUAAUUACAUGAAGAAGUUAUAUAUAUUAUAUAUAUUUUCCUCUGACAGACUAUUUUUUGCUUUGUCUGUAUCAAGCAUGGAACAUAAUUGUCUCAUAUAGGUAUUUGUUUAAAAAGUUCCAUUUUUCAGAAACCUUUUUAAGCAUAUCAAGGAUAUUUAAACGAAACUCCUAACAUUUUACGAAAUAAGUGAUUUAGUCCUUCAUGCAAAUAAUGCUAUUCAAGUUGAAAUAAUUUUGAUUAAAAAAAACAAAAUUCAGUCAAGUAUCUAGUACAGUAUGAUAAAAUUCUUAAUGUCAUUGUAUUAUUAGUAUUUAUGUUGGUCAAUGUAUUUAACAUGACUUCUUUGGAAGGAUAAUUUCAGCAGACUCGCCCAAUUCUUUUCUUGUCAUGAAAUGCAUGAAAUAUUUGCCACUGGACUUUAAGCAUCCAAUAUUCAAUCUCUAUUCUUUUCAGGGUCAGAUUCACAUAAAGGUGUACAUCUAACACAAACAAAUCAAUAAUUAAAUCGUGCAAUAAUUUUAAUAAAACAAUGUUCUGAAAUGUCUUCACACAGAAAGUGGAAUGUCAUGUGUUCUACAGGUUACCUGUUCUUAUCCUGGAUUAUUAGGGUAAAUUAGUCUUACAACUUAUUUUGAAUACAUGUCAGCCAUAUUGUUCCAUAAAUUUUUAAAUUGUGAUAUGUAUGUAUGUGCAGCUGAAUAAUUGUAAUAAAAGUAAUGUUUUGUGUUAAAUUA